AGCACAUUGCCGCAGCUUUAAAAAUGUCUUCAACUCAGUAUUUUAGAGAACUAAUCAGCGAGCGACUAACAGCCGCUGCUGAGGAAAUAUUCACGGAGUUUGAAAAGACCAUCGUCCAGUACGAAGAGGCGAUGGAUCGUCAGCGCAGACUGCUGGAAACCAGCCGGAGACCGAAAAGAAACCCGCGUAAAAGAGAACCUCGACGGCAACAUGUUCAUACAAAACAGAAGAUCCUCAGUGACCAGCCAAUCUGGAACCACAAGAGGAACUCCAGUCUGGACCAGCAGAAACCAAAACCUGUACAGAUUCCAGUGAAUCAGGAUAAAGUCUGCCUUAGUCCAGAGAUGCUGCAAUUUGUAUUAAAGCGGAAAACUGAUUCCUUUGUGAAGCUUCAGAGCCGACCCAAACCUGAAAUACGAAUCAGUCCAAGUCCUGUUGUCCAGUAUCAGUACAAGAACGGCAGUCUGGACCAGCCGACACCAAAACCUCUACAGACUCCAUUAGAACAGGAUGAGGUCUUCAUCAGUCAGGAGGAAAAGCAGCAAAUACUUAAAAAAAAAUCUGAGUCCUUUAUGAUGCUUCCCACCAAAACCAAAUCCCAAAAACCAAUCAUUCCAAGAUAUGUUGUCCAGGAGAGUACCUCCAGUCUGGACCAGCAGAACCCAAAACCUCUACAGAUUCAAGAACUGGACAAAGUCUGUAUCAGUGAGGAGGAAAAGCAAUUCGUAUUAAAACUAACUGAUUCCUUAAUGAUGCUUCAGAGCCAGCCCAAAUCUGAAGAACCAGUCAUUCCUACACCCAGUGUCCAGUACCAGGAGAGUACCUCCAGUCUGGACCAGCAGAACUCGAACCCCCUACAGGUUCCAGAGGAACAGGACAGAAUCUGUAUCAGUCAGGAAAGAGGGCAGAGAAUAUUAAAACAGGAAACUGAUUCCUUAAUGAUGCUUCAGAGCCAGCCCAAAUCUGAAGAACCAGUCAUUCCUAUACCUGUUGUCCAGUACCAGGAGAGUUCCUCCAGUCUGGACCAGCAGAACCCAAACCCUCUACAGGUUCCACAGAAAAGGGAUGAGGCCUGCAUCAGUCAGGAGGCGAAGCAACUCGUAAUAAAACUAACUGAUUCCUUAAUGAUGCUUCAGAGCCAGAACAAAUCUGAAGAACCAGUCAUUCCUAUUCAUGUUAUCCAGUACCAGGAGACAAGCUCCAGUCUGGACCAGCAGAACCCAAACCCUCUACAGGUUCCAGAGGAACAGCAAAAAAUCUGUAUCAGUGAGGAGGAAAAGCAAUUCGUAAUAAAACUAACUGAGUCCUUAAUGAUGCUUCAGAGCCAGUCGACAUCUGAAGAACCAGUCAUUCCUAUUCAUGUGGUCCAGUACCAGGAGACAAGCUCCAGUCUGGACCAGCAGGACCCAAACCCUCUACAGAAAAGGGAUGAGGCCUGCAUCAGUCAGGAGAGGGAGCAGCCCAAACUCAAAUCUGAAGAACCAGUCACUGGAAGACAUGAUGUCCAGUUCUUGAGGGAGAUGGAUCCUCAUCACAGAUUGAUGGAUGUUACCUGGCAACCCAUGGUGAAGUUACACAGGAUAGAACUUCCAGAGCAGCGCGUUGGUGGGGAGGACAUCAGUGGCCAGCAGUCCUGUGGGAAAGAGAGCAACUGCAGUCUGGACCAGGAGGAUCUACAGCCUCCACCCACUGAAGAGAAGCUAAAUGAACAAUGCUUCAGUCAAGACGGAAAGCAGCUUGUGCAGAAGCAGAGUGAUGCACGUAUUGUCACGCCUGCUUAUAAGGAAAAUGGUCAAAGUGAACCAGAACAGAACAGGGACCAGCUCUUCUCUCUCAACUCUCCCUCAGCUGAGAGCCAAAAACAGGGGCGACGCAAGCGUCACAUGACCACAAAUCCUGAUGCAAAAGUAAACCGUUCCCUUCCAGAGAACAUCUGUAUGACAGAUAAAGGGAAGAAUUCAGAAGCAAGAGACACUUGGGCAAAGCCUGAAAAGAAAAAGCUUCUGCAGAAACGUCAAAGAAUCCUGGACAGAGAGAAACCUCACCCUUGUGAGACAUGUGGGAAAAGAUAUUCUCAUUUACCAGCAUUUAAAGCGCAUUUAACCGGCCACGUGCGAAGAAGGAACCUUCAUCCUUGCAGAUAUUGUGAGAAAGCAUUCAAACACCCAUCAUUACUGAAGUUUCACAUGACAACUCACACAAUCGAGAAGCCGUAUUCCUGCAAAGUCUGUCACAAAGAUUUCUGCAGCAGCAAUGCUCUGAACACCCACGUGAGAACUCACACGGCUGACAAGCCGUAUUCAUGCACAGUGUGUCAGGAAACGUUUGCUUGGCAUAGCUCCCUGGUAGACCACAUGAGAACACACACCACUCAGACACCAUAUUCAUGCAAAAUUUGUGGGACGGGUUUAUGUAGUAAUGAAAGCCUGAGGUUCCACAUAGCAAGUCAUACGGACGAGAAGUUCACUUAAGAUGUGUCCCAAAGGGAAAAGUGCCAUGUGGAAGUUUUUACAUCAUCACUGUAGAUCAAAGCUGUUAAAGAGCUUCGUUUCAGUGCACGUUUCAGUGCACGUUAGAGCUGCUUAUCAGUGAGGAAGAUGAGCCUCCUGUAGAUCAGAUCUUCUCCUGACCGUCAUGUACUCCGUCUUCAGCAUCUCAUGGAAGAAGAAAAUUACAAAAACAAGCUUUUUUUACUUUUCUUGGUU